UGAUUUAGCCGUGCGGUGACGUCACCAUCCACCCCGGAAGUGUCGGCCGGUGAUGGCGGCCUCGUCAGCUUGUGUUUGAGAAGACAGCACAAAGUUCUGUGAGCGACACCCACACUCACACACCCUCGCACCCUCCACUUCACUCUGCCGGAGACGCUGCGGACUCACACCGGCACACCUCCCCCCUGCCGGCGCCCGGUGCCCCCCGGUGGUCUUUGUGAGACCCCCCGCAGUAAGUUAGCUUAGCAGGCUAACAGGAUGUCGCUCUUCCAGUCUGCGCUCGAUUUCCUCGCCGGGCCCGGCUCGCUGGGAGCGGCCAGCCGGGACCAGAACGACUUUGUGGGGCAGCUGGUGGAGCUGGGAGACAUGAAGCUAAGGAUCAAGCGGGUGAUCGCGGAAGGCGGCUUUGCGUUUGUGUACGAAGCCCAGGACACAGGAAGUGGCAAAGACUACGCUCUGAAGCGACUCUUGUCCAACGAAGAUGAGAAGAGCAAGGAAAUCAUCCAAGAAGUUUGCUUUAUGAAAAAGCUAUCGGGACACCCCAACGUGGUCCAGUUCUGCUCGGCUGCCUCCAUCAGCAAGGAGGAGUCCGACACCGGACAGGCCGAGUUCCUGAUCCUCACUGAGCUGUGCAAAGGUCAGCUGGUGGACUUCCUGCGGCGAGUGGAGCAGCGGGCGCACGUGUCAUGUGACACCGUGCUGAAAGUCUUCUACCAGGCGUGCCGCGCCGUGCAGCACUUGCACAAGCAGAAGCCCGCCAUCAUACACCGAGACCUCAAGAUUGAGAACCUGUUGAUUAGCAACCAAGGCACCGUCAAGCUGUGCGACUUUGGCAGCGCCACCACGGUCUCGCAUUACCCCGACUACAGCUGGUCGGCACAGAGGCGCUCCAUGGUGGAGGACGAGAUCACGCGGAACACCACUCCUGCGUACCGGACUCCGGAAAUGAUUGACCUGUAUUCCAACUACCCCAUCAACGAGAAACAAGACAUCUGGGCCCUGGGCUGCAUCCUCUACCUGCUGUGUUUCAAGCAGCACCCUUUUGAGGAGGGCGCCAAGCUGCAAAUUGUCAACGGGAAGUACUCCAUCCCGCAGAACCACGCCAAGUACGCCGUGUAUCACGACCUCAUACGCUCCAUGCUGAAAGUGCACCCGGAGGAGCGUCUCUCAAUUACGGAGUUAGUCAACCAGCUCCAGGAAAUAGCAGCAGCACGCAACGUCAACCCCAAGUCCCCCAUCACGGAGCUGCUGGAGCAAAACGGAGGAUUCGGCAACAACGGAUCCCCGGCGCCUCCGCAGAUCCACACUGUCCACGGCAAUCCAGGCAUCUACGAUCCAGAUCAGUCCGGCAGCGGCUUCCUGGACAUCCUCAAGGGAGGAACGGAACGCUUCCUGACCAACAUCAAGGACACCUCGUCCAAAGUUAUCCAGUCAGUCGCCAGCUACGCCAAAGGUGACCUGGACAUUUCCUACAUCACCUCCAGAAUAGCAGUCAUGUCGUUCCCGGCCGAGGGGGUGGAGUCUGCCAUAAAGAACAACAUCGAGGACGUGCGACUCUUCCUGGAUUCACGCCACGCUGGCCACUACGCCGUCUACAACCUCUCCAAGCGCUCCUACAGGUCGUCUCGCUUCCACAACAGGGUGUCCGAGUGCAACUGGCAGGUGCGCCGCUGCCCCAACCUGCGCAGUCUUUACAGCGUGUGCAAGAACAUGCAUCAGUGGCUCAAGCAGGACCAGAGGAACAUCUGCGUGGUCCACUGCCUGGACGGCAGAGCGGCGUCGGCGGUGGCCGUGUGCUCCUUCCUGUGCUUCUGUCGCCUCUUCACCACGGCCGAGGCGGCCGUCUACAUGUUCUCCAUGAAGCGAUGCCCGCCCGGCAUCGCCCCCUCGCACAAGAGGUAUAUCGAGUACAUGUGUGACAUGAUGGCGGAGGAGCCCAUCAUCCCCCACUGCAAGCCCAUGGUCAUACGCUCCAUCGCCAUGACGCCCGUGCCCCUCUUCAACAAGCAGCGCAACGGCUGCCGGCCCUUCUGCGAGGUUUACGUCGGCGACGAGAGGGUCCUCACUACCUCACAGGAGUACGACAGGAUGAAGGAUUUCAAGAGCGAGGACGGAAGAGCCGAGAUUCCCUUGAAUGUGAGCGUCCAAGGAGACGUGCUGGUGGUCAUCUACCACGCCAGGUCCACGCUGGGAGGACGUCUGCAGGCCAAGAUGGCCUCCAUGAAAAUGUUUCAAAUCCAGUUCCACACGGGCUUUGUCCCCAGAAAUGCCACCACUGUGAAGUUUGCCAAGUACGACCUGGACGCCUGUGACAUCCAGGAGAAGUAUCCAGACUUGUUCCAGGUCAACCUCGACAUCGAAGUGGAGCCCAGAGAGAGGCCCAGCGCCAAGACCCCGCCAUGGGACGGCUACCAGACCAAGGGCCUUAACCCCAAAAUCCUCUUCUCCUCUCGCGAUGAGCAGCAGGAGAUCCUCAGCAAGUUUGGUAAACCAGAACUGCCUCGUCAGCCGGGGUCCUCAGCCUUCUAUGACUCCAGUUUGCCACCGGAGCCUGCGCAGACCCCGGAAAACUCUACCGCAACCGAAGCAGAAUCUUCUGAGAGCCCGGACGCCGACAACUUCUUCCAGACUUUGGACUGGGAAGAUGUCGGCGCCCCCCAGGAGGCCUCCGAUAGUCAAGGAGGCGGAUCCAUGAACGACCAGGACGAUCUGAGCGAUCAGUCAGAAGGAGAGUCCUACUCCUACUCUGCUCCCAGUGGAGGGGGUCUGUCUCGGGACACCAGUGAACCCCUGUUUGACGCAGACUUCCAGACUCCUUCCCCGGGAGCCGAGGACUCGCCCGCCGACGACACGGCCGACCUCUUAGGUUUGAACUCUGACCCCGCGCCUCCUCAGGUGGGCCUGAAAGCCUCCUCCAGCCAAAGUGACCUCCUCAACGACCUGUUUGCGCCCCCCGCGGCAGUGCAGGAAGACUUGUUCUUUAGCGGAGAAGCUGGCGGCUCCAAACCCACGAGCGACCUGUUCGACCCCUUCGGCAUGGGCUCCAGCUCCGGGGUGGGCUCCAGCGUGGGCUCCUCUCGGCAGGCCUCCGGUGCCGACCUGUUUGGGGACUUGUUAAGCUCGGACGGUUCCGCCGGCAGCAGCUUCAGCGCAGCCCGGAGCAACCCCGCCCCCGUCUCCAACGCCAGCCUCUUUGACCUGGACAAGUUGGUGAAGGACGCUCCCAAGAUGACGACGUCCGCCAGCCACCCUGACCUCCUGCGGGGGUGGGACAGCUGGGCGGCGAGCACGAGCACGUCCACCAGCGUGAGCUCCACUGCCAGCAGGCCCGCCUACACCAGCACAGCUUCUAGUCUGGCGUCAAUGUCAAAGGCCAAAUCUCAGACCUUUGAUCCUUUUGCUGACUUGGGAAACCUCAGCUCCAAACGACCAAAUUCAACCAACAGUACCAUGUCCGGCACAAAAGUACCUUCGUCUUCCUCCUCCUCUUCGUCCUCUGCCGCCAAGCCUCAAGCCCAGUCCUGGCAGGCCGGUAGAGCUGCUUCCAGUCAAAACAAACAAUGGCAGUCUGGGUCUGCGCCCAAGGAGGCGUCGGCCCCGCAGCCUUCCGGCGCUCAGUCUGCCAAGCCCAACUACAACCUCAACUUCUCCAGCGUCAUCGGAGGCCGGGAGGAGCGAGGCGUUCGAACUGCGGGAUUUGGCCCCAAGCCCAAAGUAAAGGAGGAGGACUUCGGGGACUUGCUGUCCACUCAGGGUUUCUCCUCCAAGUUUGACAGAAAAGGGCCGAGGACUAUCGCUGAAAUGAGGAGGGAGGAGCUCACAAGAGAAAUGGAUCCUCUCAAACUACAGAUCCUGGACUGGAUCGAGGGCAAGGAGAGGAACAUCCGCGCGCUGCUGUCCACGCUGCACACCGUGCUGUGGGAGGGCGAGACCCGCUGGAAGCCCGUGGGUAUGGCAGACCUGGUGACGCCCGAGCAGGUGAAGAAGUUCUACAGGAAGGCCGUGUUGGUGGUCCACCCUGAUAAGGCGACGGACCAGCCGUACGAGCAGUACGCUAAGAUGAUCUUCAUGGAACUGAACGACGCCUGGUCAGAGUUUGAGAACCAGGGAUCCAAAGCGCUCUUUUAAAAACCGGCUCGACCCGGACCGGACCGAGCUGGACCGGAUUUGGCCUUUUUGAAGACGACAAAAAACCACCCCCGAAACGGAUUCAAUCCUGGGUCAGAUUGGACUGGACUGAGCCCACAUUGGGCCUUCUUUGUUCUUCUUGUCGUCCCCUCGCCACCGGCCCCGCGGUGGUGGUGGUCCGCACUCGCCGUGGUGGUGGUGGUGGUGGUGGUGGUCCGCUCUCGGCGUGGUGGUCCGCACACACACCCGGAGUGACAAUCACGUGACCAACACUUCACUUCAAACUGUCAACAACAACAGAUUGUGUUCAUGCCUGCAAGUGUUGCUAACGAGCAAAAUGGAGACUUUGUGGCUGUCUAAGUAUUAUUAUAUUACUUUAUUAUUAUUACAUUAUUACUUUAUUAUUAUUACAUUAUUACUGCUAACUGACACUUGCAGGUUCGCUCUUAAAAAGUGCUCUUUUUUUUGUUUUAGCCUGGAUGUUCAUGUUAGGCUCUUAUGGGAAAAAGUGGAGGAUGGUCCUGCUCUCAUGCUGCAUUCAGGCAACUGGGACAUCGGAACACUUUCUCUCCUCCUCCACUCAAAGCAGUAUGUACCCACUAGUUCUACUAUUUAGAUUUAGGAUGCUACAUGAGCUCCACGCUACGCUGUGAUGCUAACUGUUUGCACGCCAACAACGAGGCUCUUAAUGAUGGAGGGAGAGCAUACAGUGAGCUACGUAACGUAGCAUGUCGCUAACUGUAUGCACGCCAAUAACGAGAGGUAGCACAUAGCCGGGAUCGUGCUACGCUAGGUAGCUAACUGCUGCUCACCAACAGCGAGGCUCUUAAUGAUGGAGGGAGAGCAUACAGUGAGCUACAUAACGUAGCAUGUCGCUAACUGUAUGCACGCCAAUAACGAGAGGUAGCACAUAGCCAGGAUCAUGCUACGCUAGGUAGCUAACUGCUGCUCACCAAAAAACGAGGCUCUUGAUGAUGGAGGGAGAGCAUACAGUUAGCAAGAUGCUAUGUUAUGUAGCUAACUGUAUGCUCCUCCAUGAUAUCAUACAUGAUGGAGGGAGAGCAUACAGUUAGCAGCCUGCUAUGUUAUGUCACUAACUGUACACUCCAUGAUAAAAUAUGAGCGCAUACGGUUAGCUCCAUGCUAUGCUAUUUAGGUCACCAUAUACACCUCCAUGAUGUUUUAUAUGAUAAGGGAGCGCAUACAGUUAGCAUCAUGCUGUUUCGUGUAGCUUAUAAAUUAUGAUAUAUGAUGGAGGGAGUGUACACAGUUAGCAUCAUGCUGUUAUGUAGCUUAUAAAUCAUGAUAUAUGAUAAGGGAGUGCAUACAGUUAGCAUCAUGCUAUGCUAUGUAGCUUAAUACAUAUGAUGGAGGGAGCACAUACAGUUAGCAUCAUGCUAUGUUAUGUAGCUUAUUAAUUAUGAUAUAUGAUGGAGGGAGUGCAUACACUGUUAGCAUCAUGCUAUGUUAAUAAUGUAGCUUAUUAAUUAUGGUAUAUGAUGGAGUGCAUACAGUUAGCAUCAUGCUAUGUUGAUAAUGUAGCUUAUUAACUAUGAUACAUGAUAAGGGAGUGCAUACAGUUAGCAUCAUGCUAUGUUAAUAAUGUAGCUUAUUAAUUAUGAUAUAUGAUGGAGGGAGUGCAUACAGUUAGCAUCAUGCUAUGUUAAUAAUGUAGCUUAUUAUGAUAUAUGAUAAGGGAGUGCAUACAGUUAGCAUCAUGCUAUGUAAUGUAGCUUAUAAAUAAUGAUAUAUGAUGGAGGGAGGGCAUACAGUUAGCAUCAUGCUAUGUUAUGUAGCUUAUAAAUAAUGAUAUAUGAUGGAGGGAGGGCAUACAGUUAGCAUCAUGCUAUGUAAUGUAGCUUAUAAAUAAUGAUAUAUGAUGGAGGGAGGGCAUACAGUUAGCAUCAUGCUAUGUAAUGUAGCUUAUAAAUAAUGAUAUAUGAUGGAGGGAGGGCAUACAGUUAGCAUCAUGCUAUGUUAUGUAGCUUAUAAAUAAUGAUAUAUGAUGGAGGGAGUGCAUACAGUUAGCAUCAUGCUAUGUAAUGUAGCUUAUAAAUAAUGAUAUAUGAUGGAGGGAGGGCAUACACGCACACUUAUUGUCAAUAGGAUUUGGAAAAAACCGCAUACAGUUGACCAAGUAGCCUAAGUUUGAUACCGGCCCUCAGUUUGAUUGACAGCUGUCACAACAAGUGAAGAGGGUGAUUGACUGUGGCCCUUGGGGUCCACGGUGUGUUUUUGUACCAGCGAUCAUUGUAAAUAUGAAACAUCAUGAAGAAUAUUAUCAUCACUCUUUCUGCUCAUUUGACUUUUGUUUCACCUCACGGACCAAACGUCACUUUCUUAUUUAUUCUUCUUUCUUUGUUAGGCCUUUUGUUGACACGUUAGACAUUCUAAUAUAUACAACAUUCCAAAGUAAAUAAUACCAACGUGAUGUUUCACCACACAUCCUCUCUUUCUUCUUUCUUCUACUUGCCUUUGGGAAGAUGUCUGCGACGUGGUCACGUGACCACUUUGGAAGUCACGUGACCACGUUGGAAGUCACGUGACCACGUUUGAAGUCACGUGACCACGUUGGAAGUCACGUGACACAAUCAUCCCCGCUAUUACCGCAUCAGCAAAACAAAGCGCUGAUGUGCGACUAAUACCAUGAAUGUACAUUUCAAUCAUUAAAAGAUCC